AUGAAGCGCCGAGUUAUGCUCGUUGUGGGAAGCACAAAUCGGAGAUGUGCAAUGACUAACAUAUCAGCGAAACGUAGUCUUCCUUCGCUUCUGAUCUGCGCCAGACGCCUCCAUCCAGCAUGUGGGCGAGGGAUCAAAUGGCUCUCAAGAGCCCAGAUGAACACGCGGACGUUUGACACCACUUCCUUCAUUCUUAACCGCCGAGUUAUCACCAACGGAUUUUGGUUUGUUAUUCGAUCCGAGUGGACGACCCCCCGGAAGUUUGAACACACUUUCUUCAGUGUGAAGGAAGUGAUUUCAAACGUAAGCGAAAGGUUCUUAACCUUGCGGUCCAGUGUGCAACUUGUCAGAAAUAGAGGGUCGUUCCCUCGAUGGAGAUCUAUGAAGAGAUCAGGACACAUAUGGAGGAAGAACCUUUCUUCUGCGACGUAG